AUGGCAACUUUAUUACCAUUGCGACAAAUUGGUGUGGUUGGACGAGAUGGAAAAGUCGAAAUCCCGCUGACUGUAGAACCAGAAGAUGUUAUUGGAAUGCAAGGUCGUAUUCGCCUUCAAAGGAACGAUCAGAUGAAGUCAAGUCAAUGGAUGGAUAAGCAGCGAAAUACACUUUUAGCAUAUGAAUACCUGUGUCAUAUUGGUGAAGCCAAAGAAUGGAUUGAGGCGUGUUUAGGCGAGGAGAUUGAUCCUAUCAUCAAGCUUGAAGAAUCCAUGCGAGACGGUAUUGUGUUGGCUAAAUUGGCUGGCUGGUUUGCACCUCAAGUCGUACCACGUAUUGUCACUGACACCAAACACAAGUUUCUCCUUUCUGAAAACAUCAAUGCUUUCUUCAAGGCGUUAAGAGCAGUCCGUAUGCCGCAGAUCUUUUGGUUUGAAUUGACGGAUUUGUUUGACAAGAAAAAUAUCCCAAAAGUUAUAUUUUGUAUUCAUGCUUUAAGUCAUUUAUUAUCUCGACGUAAUCUGGCACCAGGAAUCAAAGAUCUAUUUGAUGAACUGUAUUUUACAAAUGAAGAACUAAAUGCAGCUCAAAGAGUUUUGGACUCUUACAAUGUUACCAUGCCAAACUUUAAAAAUGUUGGAUCUUCACUUUGGAAAGAACUCAAAGAGAACGAGAACGAUAACGAUAACACGCAUGGUGGUAGAUACAGAGGCUCACGAUACCCCAAUAAAGACGAAACAUACGAAGAUGACGGAGAUUACGACGGUGAAGAUGGUGACGAUGUUGAUUAUUUGGAGAAAAGCAAAUACCAGUUUCGUCAAAUCGAUCUGCCUCAAUAUGUCCAGCGCAAUCACAAUAGCACCAGAUAUAGCUCAAAAACUCCAGAACUGGCUUCUGCUACAGGUGCUGUAGAGAGUGAUACAGACGAAGAAGAAGAAGGAGAAGGAGAAGUUAUGGAGUUCAAGACUGAACAAGCACAUCAAACACCAGAGAAAGUAGAUUGGACCGCUCCUGAGAAUAUAAAAAAAUUAAAGUCUUGUCAAGCGGCGGUACGAAACUGGCUUGAUAAAAAGGCACUUGAACAUGUACAAGAAGUACAUCAAUCCACAUUCUUCCAAUCCCGGCUCCAAAACAUACAGGCUCAAGCACGGGGUGUAGUAUUUCAUCGUAAUUUUGAAGACAAGCGAGUAACAUUCGAGACUUCUGAAGAGCACGUAAUCAAACUUCAAGCUGCUUCUCGUGGAUUCUUGGCCCGCAGAAAACAUCAGGCCAUACUAUUGGCAGCCAGAAGUGAAAAACACAAACUUCUACAAACUCAACAUGGCUAUGCUAAGAAUCAAUGGUCAGACGCUGAACUCGGCCAAUUGUCGACUGACAAGAAUCCAACGGUAGAAACAGUCAAGAAGUUUAUGCAUCUAUUAGAUGACAGCAACUUGGAUUUUGAUUCAGAAUUAGCAUUGGAAGACUUGAGACAACGUGUAAUUCAACACAUCCGAGAAAACAAAUCUCUUGAAUCCCAUGUCACCAAACUUGAUAUCCAAAUUUCUCUUUUGGUACGAAAUGCAAUUACUAUUGAUGAAGUGAUCAAGACCACCGGUGCUUUUAAUAAGCAGCAGCAACAGCAGCGUCGUUACACACAGCUUACAGCAGCCUCAAAUAACCCUAACCCUUACACUCUCAAAGGAGUCGACAAAGACAGUCGACAGAAAUUAGAGCUCUACCAACAGCUGGUAUAUUUACUCCAAACCGAGCCUAAAUAUCUGGCUCGAUUGAUGUCCAUCACAAGUGGACAGGAUUUGGGUGAUCACACUAAUGGACACAAACGUAUUGAAUCCACCGUCCUUGCCUUGUUUGGAUAUGCAACGAACAUACGUGAAGAAUAUUUGCUGAUAAAGCUUUGCAAGUAUUGUAUUGCUGAAGAAAUGAGAUUUGUAAAGGAUACCCAGGAAUUCAUGAGAGGAAAUUAUACAUUUAUGAAGCUUGUUGUUCAAACUAACCGUGGUGCCAAGGAAAGAGAGUUCUUCCGAAAGCUUCUUACUCCACUUAUCACUCUUGUGGUCGGGAAUGACACGCUUGAUCUAGAAACAGAUCCUGUCAGUAUUUACAACAAAGCCAUAAACGAAGAGGAAUCUCGAACUGGUGUGUUAUCUCAGCGAAAACCUUCGGCUACUUCUCGCGAGGUUUUGGCUUACCCGGAUAUCCGAGAGACAUUUAUUCUUCAUUUAAGAAAUCUUCGCGAAAUCACCGAAAACUUCUUGACAGCCAUCACAUCAGUAAUUGAUGAAGUUCCGUAUGGUAUCCGUGUAGUGGCCCGAGAGCUACGGCUAGUACUCGAAGAGAACUUUCCUGAUGAAGGGCCCGAAAGAAUCGUAAAGAUCUUGGGAAAUUUUAUUUAUUAUCGCUACCUUAAUCCAGCCGUAGUAAAAGGCCUAAGAAAUGCUCCUGAACAAUACGAUGUGAUUGAUGAUACAAUAAGUCCUGUACAAAGAAAGAAUCUUGCAGAGAUUUCUAAAAUGCUUCAACAAAUAUCAAGUGGAAAGGUAUUUGACGCGGAUGAUAUGUUUUUAGCCCCAUUGAACGAUUAUGUUUUUGAUGCGGGAAAACGAUUUUCAAACUGGUUUAUGAAACUUACGGAUGUCGAAGACCCCGAAUCCUACUUUGGAAUGGACCCACUGGCUGAUAUGGCAAGAACAAACAAGCCAAUGAUCUAUAUAUCCCCAUAUGAGCUCUAUUAUCUCCACUACAUGAUCGAAACCAACCUUGACUCCCUCGAGACCGAUCAGGGCAGUGGAAACGGAAUGCUGGCCGAUAUCGUCAAACAAGUCGGUCAAUCGCCCUAUAGUCCUGGAAAUGAGCAUCACCUGCCAGAGACCCCAAUAUGUCUGUCGCUUAGUAACAGAGCAGAGGAUAUUCCUCAGGAUCCUGCGUCUAGACUCAAGCAGUUAUUGGUUGACACCAAGCGUCUGGUUGUGUAUGUAAUAAAGUCCCAAAGUGGCCCUAAUCUGCGGGCAAUCUUUGAAGAACCUGUAACAGAAGAGCACGAAGAGAACUGGAACGAAGUCAAAGAACAUGAGUUUGGAAUUCAAGUAAAAGGAACUCCCACAAAGGACCAUCUUAUUAGAACCAAAAGACGGUACCUUCGUCUUAAUCCAAACGAUUCUCCUGUAGAUCUCGGAAACAUCACAUUCUUCCAACUCAAGACAAUUGCGCAUCGGCUGGUGAUGCAUUUGGAAAAAUGUCGUGUGAUUUCAGAUACAAACGAUUUCCAAGAUAUGAUUAACAUGAUUGCCCAAGCUAUCACAGGAAAGAACUCCCAAAGAAAGCAGCGAGACCGCGAGAUCGGCAAGUUGACAAACUCGCUUGAGCAUCUCCAGGUCAAGAAACAAUACAUAGCCGACCAGCGAAAACAAUACGACGACUAUCUUCAAGUGUGCAUGAAUAGCAUGGCGUCCAAACGUGGCAAGAGACACAAGUUUAUGUUGCCUUUUACCAGACAAUACUUCCAUAUCAAGAGAUUAGAAAAACAAGGGCUUGUGCCCAGAUACGGGUCUUACAAGUACACGGCCCGACAACUCCACGAUCGCGGAAUCAUUGUCGAGCUUUCGGGCAUUGACAAGAAGCACUAUGAUCGAAUCCCGAUUAUCCUCUCGAUGGACCAGGCAGGAAUCAUCACUAUCGGAGGAAGCUACUCGGGCUGGGGUAUUUCUUCUGUCCAGGUAGAUAUGAGAUACGAAUCUUUACUGCAGACCCAAUUUGAAGGUGUACAAACAAUGAAAGUCUUGGACGGGUUUGCCAAAGUCAAUGUUAAUCUUUUGAUUUAUCUUAUCAACAAAAAAUUCUACUCUUCAUGA